AAGGCGUGGCAAAAUCGGUUGAUCAAGGAAUACGUGCGAUUGAGUGAAGUUUACAAAUUCCUUCAAAUCCAAACAACAGUGCUGUGCUUGUCUCUAAAUUACUUGUAUAUUUCUAUAUUUUGUAUUUGUUUGUUGAUUUUAAAAGUUUAUAUAAGUAUAAGAAUGGCCUCACAGCACUUUAUAUUAUCAUUAUUAUGCUUAUUGCCAAUGAUCUAUAUAGCUGAGAGUAUAAAAUGCUGGACAUGUCGUUCGGAUGCCGAUCCCAAGUGUGGAGAUCCUUUCGACAACAGUACUUUGCCUAUCACCGACUGUAAGCUGCAGGAUAAUCUUCCACAUAUCAAAGAUGUUCGACCUACAAUGUGCAGGAAAAUUAGACAGAAAGUGCAUGGUCAAUGGCGCUACUACAGAGGCUGCGCCUAUUUGGGAGAGCCUGGAAUUGGUGGUGAUGAGAGGUACUGCCUGAUGCGGACUGGCUCUUAUAACAUAUUCAUGGAAUAUUGCACCUGUAUCAGUAAGGACGGCUGCAACACAGGUUCCCAAUUACAAUUUUCUCUUCCGCUCAUAGUCCUGGGAUGUGCGGCCAUCUUUGUAUCAGUGAGGUGAAGCUGGAGCUCCAAAACACCCAACAUUCUCUUGAAAGCAAAGCUAAUGCAGCUUCAGUAUUCAUUAAUAGUCAGGCCACGCCUGUGAAUAGAGGUAAUGAUCAAUUUGACUUGCACUGUACAUAGAUUUAUAGGAAUCUUGAUAUUAUUUAUUAUCGCAAUCAGCCACGUUGCUCUCAUGCCAUGAUAUUAAUAUACAAUUAUAUUUUAUUUGAAUGAUAAUGAACCAUUACUGUCUAUCAUAUUUUUAAAUUAUUGUUUCUAAUAAUCUGUUUUUAAAAUUAUUGUUUCUAGUUUUAGUAACUUGCAUGUUAGCAUCAAACAAUGUGUCAACGUUUUACUUUUAAAUUCAAACUUUGUUUUAUCUUGUUAAUUCUCUCAAGUUUUAUUGAUCGCCUUGAAAGAGCUGCAUUUUAAAGAAAGUAGCAUAUUAUUCUGUACCAUCUUCUGUGAUAAUUUUGACCGUACCUCGAUACCUGUUCCAUAAAUAGUCCAUAUGCAUUCCAUAAAACAAUCCCAAACAAUAUGACGAUAUUAAUGAUUUUUUUAUCAAACUUAACUGCAAUUUUAAAAACAUUCUACUUUAUUUAUGUUUUAGAAUGAAUUGGUUUGAUUGUGUAAGGACAAAUAUUAUCUGAUCUGCCAAUCUUUAUUGAGAAAACGUUUCUAUCAUUAUAUAGUUUAAUUUAUGUAUCAACUUCACAACCAUUCUGAUGUCUUGUCGGGGUUUCAAAUUUCAUAAACUGUAGAUCCUGAAGUAAUUAUUUCUUAGCUGCAUUUCUUGAUACUCAAAGAUCAUUAUAAUGUAUAUUAGAUUAUAUUAUAAUAUGAACUUGCAGACCUGCAGUAAAUUCGCUGUAGAUUAAUAUGUUGUGCCUUGGUAAUUUUUGUCAGUGCCUUUUCCAGAGUAUAUUGGACAGUUUUUAAAUGAUUUUCUAAUACAAUAAAAUAUUUCAAAUAGUAGACUAUUCAUUAUAUACUCUUGUAACAAUGAAAUAUAAAUCUGAAUAUAUCAAAACUAUAAUUAAGAAUAUUAUUUUUCUCACAAUGCUGCCUAUCAUGAAGUAAGAAUUCUACAUUUAGUCAUCAAUGAAAAACCAUGUAUUGGCAGUUUGCUAUAGUUGUAAAUUUUAUAUUAGAUGAUAUGAAUAUUUUCACUAUAUCAUUGUUUUCAUGUUGCACUGCUUUACAAAAGACUGUUAAGAGUAUUCAAUUAUUGUUUGAAUGUUCAGAAAAUACUCAUUUUAUAAAUAUAUCUUUAUUGUAAUGUAGCCUAUUAUUUGCCAUGAAUUUUCACAAUCUAAGAUACUCCAUUGUUAAAAAAUUCAAAAGUAUAGACGACGAUGAAAGAUGCCUCUCGGCACACCGAACUUUGGCCGUUACUGAAGUUCCUUCUAGAGAAUAUCAGUGAAAAUAUUGAUACAGGAUUUGCCCUCUAAUUAUAUAAUUAAAAACUCACUAAACUUGUUUCUGGAGAAUGGUGUCCCAAAACAGAUGCAUAGAGUCAGGCACGUUUAUCUGCUGUAGAUAGUUUCAGUGCCCGUCCUCGUAACCGACUGCCAAGCGGCAUCUAUUUUUCCAGUCUAAUUUUGCUUGUCAUGAAUUUUUUCUGUCGUCGACACUUUUGAAUUUUUAAAGAAAGGGGUAUCUCGGACUGUGAAAAUAAAUGGCAAAUAAACGGCUACAUUACAGGUGUUUAGGGGGACCCGGGGAUGUGAAUUAGUGAACAUUUUUCCAACUUAUUAUUCAUAAUUCAAUAAUAUCAAUCAUGUAUGCUCAUCUAAGCACAACCAACCAAUUAUUCAAUUUUUUAGCCCCAUUACAUUGAUAAUGAAUGUUAGUUAAUCUUUUUAAUGUUGUUUAAUCAAUUCUAUGUUGUUUAAUGUCUGUAUUGAAUCUCAUAAUUUUAACCAUUCCUUAUUCAUUCUUUUGUAAAUGUAAUUCAUAUUCAGUGUUUUUUAAGGUUAAACUUUUUUAUGAUUGUUCUAUUAGUUUUAAUAAACUGUAUUUUUCUAUUUUAAUACGUUCUAGGUUAUCUUCACAAAUAUCUUAAUUAGCCAGUUUGUCAUUGAAUAUUGGAUAGUGUUACUUUUAUACAAUUUUUGCGGUAUAAUACUUAUAUAAUUGCAAUUUUAUACAAUUUUUUGACAGGUUUUGUACUUGAUUUAUUCAGUAUUCUUACAGCAGCAACUGAAAUAGCAAUUCAUUAUUAUCAUUGUUUUUAUUUAUUACGAAAUUAUUGGUGUAUUUGCAGGAAAAUAGCUGACACUAUUUGUAUGUUCAUUGAGGCUGAACUAUAAUUCAUAUUUUUCUAUAAUUUAUUAAGAGAUUCAUCAAAAUAGUAGUAUCCGUCAUUAAUGUACCUUAAAAAUUUAUUUUGUAUGUAAAUACAAAUAGCCCACAUAAUGUUUGAUAUUAUAUAAUAUUUUUAUACAAUUUUGAGUUUACAUAAUGUUUAUACAAAUUAGGUAUUAUAAUUAACUUAGCAUACCGUAUUGUUGCCAGUAAUCAUGUAAUGUACAUCAAUAGACUCACUAAGUGCCGGUUGUACAAAAGCCGGCUAAAUUUUAAUUGUAAUUAAUUCCACGAGAACUAUCAGAGAAGCCGUCUUAUCAAAAAGGCCUUCUCUGAUUGGUUCUCGUGAAAUUAAUCACGGUUAAAAUUUUAAACUGUUUUUGUUAUGUGCAACCGAGCCAGAAAUGCACAUUUGAAUAGUUAUUGAAUUUUAACAUUAAGAAUCCGUCCAUUUUAAUCGAUAACCAGCAGCCGAUCAUGAUAUUUUGUGUAUUGUUUUUAUUUAUAAUAAUUAACUUCAAUAAGAUUGAAUUUUAAUGUAUGUCUACGCUAAUAUUUUAGUAACAAAGUGUAUUGAAAGUAUUUUUUCAUUUCCAUGUAAAUAUAUUAAGCCGAAUCUCAUUGUAAAAAUACAUAAAAUAAUGUAAUAAAACCGUCCAAGUA